UUUUCCAUUAAAUACUCUUCUUCAUUUAGGCUUGUAUUUAUAAACAGAACUUACAUGAGUAAAUCGUCCUUGAACUAAAAUCAAAGUUCGGUUACAACGUCUCUAAAGUUCUAGGUGGUUCUGGUGUUAAACUGGAAUUUAGAGAUGGAUAUUAGCAAAUCUGUAACUGUUAUGUACAUUUACGGAUUUGUUACUACCCAUCUCUAAAUUAACACGAUAUAACCGAACUUCGAUUUUCGUUCAAGGACACGACUUAUCCAAGUCGGACUCAGCUGAGUUUUGUUUAUAAAUACGGGCCUUAAGUAAACAUAAGCCAACAUGGACUCACUUGUAAAAGUGAUGUAAUGGCCAUAUGGCCACUAAAGCUCCAGCUGUAGGUAUUGAUUUAGGUACAACCUAUUCAUGUGUAGGUGUAUUCCAACAUGGAAAAGUAGAAAUUAUUGCUAAUGACCAAGGUAACAGGACCACGCCAUCAUAUGUGGCCUUCACAGACACAGAACGUCUCAUCGGAGAUGCCGCCAAGAACCAGGUGGCUAUGAACCCCAAUAACACAAUUUUUGAUGCCAAACGUCUUAUUGGGCGUCGUUUCGAUGACAGCGCCGUACAGUCCGACAUGAAACAUUGGCCCUUCGAAGUCCUCAACGAUAGCGGCAAACCUAAAAUCAAGGUCGCUUACAAGGGCGAAGACAAAUGCUUCUACCCAGAAGAAGUCAGUUCUAUGGUGUUGACAAAAAUGAAGGAGACUGCUGAGGCGUACCUAGGAAAGAAUGUUACCAAUGCCGUUAUCACAGUACCUGCUUAUUUCAAUGACUCUCAACGUCAAGCCACCAAAGAUGCCGGUACCAUUGCCGGUUUACAGGUAUUACGUAUCAUCAACGAACCCACUGCCGCUGCCAUUGCUUACGGUUUAGAUAAAAAAGGACAGGGCGAAAGAAACGUUCUCAUUUUCGAUUUGGGUGGUGGUACCUUUGAUGUGUCGAUCUUGACCAUCGAAGAUGGUAUCUUUGAAGUCAAAUCCACCGCCGGAGACACUCAUUUGGGAGGUGAGGACUUUGACAACAGAAUGGUCAACCACUUUGUCCAAGAAUUCAAACGUAAAUACAAAAAAGACCUUACAUCCAACAAACGUGCCCUCCGUCGUUUAAGAACCAGUUGUGAAAGGGCGAAACGUACCCUCUCUUCAUCCACACAAGCCAGCAUUGAAAUCGAUUCUCUGUUCGAGGGUAUUGAUUUCUACACGUCUAUCACCAGGGCCAGAUUCGAAGAAUUGAACGCCGAUCUGUUCAGGUCCACCAUGGAGCCCGUCGAAAAAGCCAUCAGAGACGCCAAGAUGGACAAGUCUCAAGUCCACGAUAUCGUAUUGGUCGGAGGUUCUACUCGUAUUCCAAAGGUACAAAAACUAUUGCAAGACUUCUUCAACGGUAAAGAACUGAACAAAUCCAUCAACCCCGAUGAAGCCGUCGCUUACGGUGCAGCCGUCCAGGCCGCCAUCUUGCACGGUGACAAAUCAGAAGAAGUACAAGAUUUGUUGUUGCUUGAUGUCACUCCAUUGUCUUUGGGUAUCGAAACUGCCGGAGGUGUCAUGACAGCUCUCAUCAAGAGGAACACCACCAUUCCCACUAAACAAACCCAAACUUUCACCACUUACUCUGACAAUCAACCUGGCGUACUCAUUCAAGUCUAUGAAGGUGAACGUGCUAUGACGAAGGACAACAAUCUGUUGGGUAAAUUCGAACUUACCGGCAUCCCACCAGCGCCCCGAGGCGUUCCACAGAUCGAAGUCACCUUCGAUAUCGAUGCCAAUGGUAUUUUGAACGUCACUGCCAUCGAAAAGUCUACAAACAAAGAGAACAAGAUCACCAUCACCAACGACAAGGGUCGGCUCAGCAAAGAAGACAUUGAAAGGAUGGUCAACGACGCCGAAAAAUACAGGAACGAGGAUGAGAAACAGAAGCAGACCAUCUCUGCCAAGAACUUGCUGGAGAGCUACUGCUUUAACAUUAAGAGCACCAUGGAGGAUGAUAAGAUCAAGGACAAGAUCAGUGAGAGUGACAAGACCACUGUCAUGGAGAAAUGCAAUGAGGUAAUUGCAUGGUUGGAUGCCAACCAAUUGGCUGACAAAGAAGAAUAUGAGCACAAACAAAAGGAAUUGGAGAACAUCUGCAAUCCAAUCAUCACCAAAUUGUACCAGGGAGCCGGCGGUGCCGCAGGAGGCAUGCCAGGCUUCCCUGGUGCUGGUGCCGCUCCCGGAGCGGGCGGUGCUGCCGGUGGUGGUGCAGGACCAACCAUUGAAGAAGUUGAUUAAAUCUAUCGAAUAUAAUUUCCAUUCCAGUGUUUUUUAUAUUGUUAUUUUGUUUUUGCCAGUUUGCAGACAAAGCUUUCGAAAUUAUACUUUUUUUACCUAAAUAUUACUUUGAUUUUAAUUGUUUACGAAUAAAUGUUUGGAACAAAGUUAAAAUUUACUGCAGUCGUGUUUUCGACAAAUAAAAAGUCAAAUCCACUUUGUUUGUUUUACUAUUAAUCCCGAAAAAAAAUUCCUGA